AUGUCUCCUAGCUCAACCCAGAUCUCACGUGCAUUGUCGACAUUCAAACCAGCCGAUCCAUUAACUAUUCAUGAUAUAAACCCAAAUACCGUUACUGCUAAGUACGCAGUUAGAGGUAAGAUCCCUAUCAUUGCAGAUGGUCUUCAAGAUUUGAUCAAAUCUCAACCACAAUCUCAUGGAUUGCCGUUCAAUAAGAUUAUCAAUGCCAACAUUGGUAACCCACAACAGUUAGAUCAACGUCCAUUAACUUGGUACCGUCAAGUGUUAUCCAUUUUACAAUAUCCAGGCAUUUUGGAAACCAAUGUUGAUUACCCUAAGGAUGUGGUAGAACGUGCCAAGACCAUUCUUGAGAGUAUUGGUUCCUUGGGGGCAUACAGUCAUUCACAAGGUGCCGCUUAUUUCAGAAAGUCAAUUGCUGAUUUCAUUGAACGCAGAGACGGAUAUCCUUCCAAUCCCCACAAUUUGUUCUUAACCUCAGGUGCCUCCACCGCUGUGUCAUAUUUAAUCCAAAUCUUGUCUGCUGAUCCAAAUUCAGGUUUCCUUAUUCCUAUUCCGCAAUAUCCAUUAUAUACCGCUACAAUUGCUCUUAACAAUGCCAAGCCAAUCGGUUAUUACUUGGAUGAAUCAAACCAUUGGUCAACCAACCCAGAAGAAAUUAGAGAAUUGAUCAAGAAGAACCAAGAUGAAGGAAUUAACAUUAAGGCAUUAGUCGUUAUUAACCCAGGUAACCCUACUGGUUCCAUCUUGUCUCCUCAAGAUAUGAUUGAAAUCAUUGAUAUUGCUGCCGAAUAUGGUUUGGUAUUGAUUGCCGAUGAAGUUUACCAAGAAAACAUUUUCAAGGGUAAAUUCAUUUCAUUCAAGCGUGUUCUUUGCGAAUUAUUGGAAAUGGAACCAGAAACUUAUCAGCACGUGCAAUUAGCAUCUUUACACUCGACUUCCAAGGGUGUUUCUGGUGAAUGUGGUCAAAGAGGGGGAUACAUGGAAUUAGUCGGGUUCAAUACCGAAGUUAGAGAUAUUGUCUUCAAAUUGGCAUCCAUCAACCUUUGUUCCGUUGUUUCGGGUCAAGCAUUGAUGGAAUUGAUGAUCAACCCACCUAAAGCUGGUGAUGAAUCUUAUGAAUUAUACAAAGCUGAGACCAAGGCCAUUCACAAUGAUUUGGAAAAAAGAGCUGAUUUAUUAUAUCAUGCAUUCUUGGAAAUGGAAAACAUUGAGUGUAAUAAGCCAAUGGGUGCCAUGUACUUGUUCCCUCUGUUGACUUUUGAUGAAGAAAAAUACCAUAAAUUGUAUUCUAGAGCUAAGAAUUCAGACUUGGGCAUUGAUGAUAUUUACUGUGUUGAACUUUUGGAAAACACUGGUAUUUGUUGUAUUCCUGGUAAUGGGUUUGGUCAAAAACCAGGUACUUACCAUUUAAGAACCACUUUCUUACCUCCUGGCCAAGAAUGGAUUGAUAGAUGGACCAAGUUCCACAAGCAAUUUAUUGAAAAGUAUAAGGAUUAA